CGUAAAUUAGUUUUGGUCUAAGCAGAAGCACAGUCACCUGUUUGUCCCGCCUAGACCGAUGCUAACAAUUUCGGGUGCUUCACCAUUUUGUUUCAUAACCAUUGUUGGAUUGCAUGUGUGUUACAACACCAGAGUGUUACCAUAGUGCCAUUGUCGGUUUGCAUGUGUGUUACAACACCAGAGUGUUACAAUAGCGGAGCCAGGAUGCGUAAGUUGAAUAGUUGACUUCAUUGAUCACGAUAAUCAAUAAUAUGUUAACAUAGCUGUAGAUUUUAUUCGCCCCCCCCCCCCCCCCCCCCCAGGUUUCUACCUCUACUUUUACGAAUAAGCUCUCAACUCGACCAAUCUUUAGGAAACACACGUUUCGUGAAAACCCUUUAUAUUAGCUUCGGUUUUGUUGACGUUUUUUUCUCCUUUCCGACUGGGCGUGUGGCAAAAUCUUCGGACGGCUAACUGGCCCACUCCCCGUCAACCUAUCGAGCUGAAACUCGGCCCACGGACUCGUUGCCGGUGAAAGCAUAUUCCUUUUCAAAACUUCAGCCCAACCCACCCACCUGUUCUAGGCUAAGUAUGUCAAAUACUUCUAAAAUCAGUGCGCCCCAUUGCUUCUAGCCUCAAGUAUAAUAAUUAAAGGACUGCAUUCAAGCUAUUUCAAUCAUCUUCUAGCCUCAGUCGCCGGAAAUAGCUCACAUCGUAUAAUACAGUGCAUCACAGCAAUAUCUAAAUCUUUUUUAUUUAUAAAGUCGAAAGUUAGUAAGGGCUGUGACAUGGACUCUAUGGGACUCUGUCCUCAUUCACUUUGUCCUCGGAUACUUAAUCUCAUGUUUGAAAAAAAAUGAGAUAAAAACCACUUAACGUUAUCUCAAUUAAAAUAACACAAGAGUGGCGCGAAAUAAUGCUGAAUGUGUCACGCAAAAUGCCCGCUAAAGGAGUCAAGGCACAGGGUAUCUGUAUAGGACGUAAGGGCAGGAGAUAUAUGUUUAGGACGUAAAUUUGAUGAACUGUAUUGAUCCUAAAGGGGUAAGGGCAGGAGAUAUAUGUUUAUAUGUUUUCUAAUAGUCAAAAACUACAUUUCUCGGGCUAAUUUCUAAUAGUCACAAACUACAUUUCUCAGGCUAAUUUCUAAUAGUGACAAACUACAUUUCUCGGGCUAAUUUCUAAUAGUCACAAACUACAUUUCUCGGGCUAAUUUCUAAUAGUCACAAACUACAUUUCUCAGGCUAAUUUCUAAUAGUCAAAAACUACAUUUCUCGGGCUAAUUUCUAAUAGUCACAAACUACAUUUCUCGGGCUAAUUUCUAAUAGUCACAAACUACAUUUCUCAGCCUAAUUUCUAAUAGUCACAAACUACAUUUCUCGGACUAAUUUCUAAUAGUCACAAACUACAUUUCUCAGCCUAAUUUCUAAUAGUCACAAACUACAUUUCUCGGACUAAUUUCUAAUAGUCACAAACUACAUUUCUCAGCCUAAUUUCUAAUAGUCACAAACUACAUUUCUCGGGCUAAUUUCUAAUAGUCACAAACUACAUUUCUCGGGCUAAUUUCUAAUAGUCACAAACUACAUUUCUCGGACUAAUUUCUAAUAGUCACAAACUACAUUUCUCAGGCUAAUUUCUAAUAGUCAAAAACUACAUUUCUCGAGCUAAUUUCUAAUAGUCACAAACUACAUUUCUCAGCCUAAUUUCUAAUAGUCACAAACUACAUUUCUCGGACUAAUUUCUAUUAGUCACAAACUACAUUUCUCGGGCUAAUUUCUAAUAGUGACAAACUACAUUUCUCGGGCUAAUUUCUAAUAGUCACAAACUAAAUUUCUUGGACUCAUUUCUAAUAGUCAAAAAUACAUUUUUGGGACUAAUUUCUAAUAGUCACAAACUACAUUUCUCGGGCUAUUUUUUAAUAGUCACUAACUACAUUUCUCGGGCUAAUUUCUAAUAGUCACAAACUACAUUUUCGGGCUAAUUUCUAAUAGUCACUAACUACAUUUCUCGGGCUAAUUUCUAAUAGUCACAAACCAAAUUUCACGGGCUAAUUUCUAAUAGUUAGUAGCUACUUUUCUCGGAACAAUUUCUUAGUCACUAAUUACAUAGCUGGGGAUAGUUUAUUUUUAUUAUUAACUAGUGUUUUAUAGUCACUAACUGAACUUCAGAUACCUUCAAGAUUUAUUCGGUUUAACUAGGCAGAUUAUUUAAUUCGAGCAUUUUUACAAUUACCACUUAUUAAUAUGUGUAUAAAUUUAUAAAAAUUAAUAUAUACAUAUAUCCUAUCACUCUCCUCUCUCUCUUUCUCUCUCUCUCUCUUUCUCUCUCUCUCUCUCUCUCUCUCUAUAUAUAUAUAUAUAUAUAUAUAUAUACUCUAUAUAUAUAUAUAUAUAUAUAUAUAUAUAUAUAUAUAUAUAUAUAUAUAUAUUAUAUAAAUAUAUAUACAGUGGCGUAGCUAGGGAUUUUGGGGCCCAGGGAGUUUGGUCUCUUUAAGGGCACCUGCAUUUUGACAUGCGACGUUAUUUAAUGUAAAAAAAAAAAAAUUCCGGACACGCCAGUGUGAGAUGUUAGGGCUAACAUACAGGUCGAGAAUUUCUGUUGUACUGCCGUCCCUGUAUGGGGCCCAUUAAAUUCGGCAUUAUGUGUGAUUUUUUAAGUUUGAUAUUGAAUGGAUUUUAAAAAAAAGGGAAACGGGUUAGGGUGGAAUAACUUACCGAUUAAAUGCACUGUUCUUAACAAAUUUGAAAUUUUCUCAUUUCAUCUUUGCUACCAAAGAAAUGUACAACUUUAAAAAAGAAACAAAAAAAAACUAAAUCUUUAAAAAAAAUAAUUAUUGGCCUUUCUUUUUAACUCUUGAAUAAUGCCAUGCACUAAACAAAAAUUGACCUCACGCAGUACUAAUUUAAAAAAAUAAAUAAAUAUCUCAGGUCCUGCUACACGGAACCUGCCAAAAGCAUUUGGUUUGUUGGUUGUCAUCUGUGUCGGUCUGGUUGUCGUAGAACGGUUGGAAUUCGCUGCACCGUUCACUUUCGUCGGAAAGACUUUCUUCAACAACACAAACUUCAGGCUAGGGGAAUGGGUUUUCCCGUAUUUUCAAAAUGAGGAAAAUUACACGGAAGUCGGCGUUACCCAGGACGCACUCGCUUGUGUGUUUCCGGACAUCAAUCCAUUUAGACCGGAAAUCAUGAAAUUGUCCGGAUUAGACAGACAACCGGUUAAAUGCGUGGGGUACAUGCCCGAUCUGACAUACGUGAAAGGAAAUAAGUUGGAGGUCAAUAAAACAAGGGCGGAGGCCAUCGCCGAUUUUGAGUCCUGUAAAUAUCAGGAGAUCUCAAACAGCCCGUCGGGGGAUAAAACUAUGACCACGGGCCCGUGGAGCGAUAACUUCACCUCUUCAAUAAGUCUAGGCGAUAGAACUGAAUUUAUCGUGGCCGUCUGCGAGAAUAACGCAUCGCAGACCAUAUCUAAAACGUACCAUGCUCUCAUUCCCAAACGCCAAGAGUUGGCAGAGGAGCUGUCCUUCAAGCUCAAGAAACGUAACGCCGUAUACAAUCCCAAAGAAACUCUGAACGUUGUCAUGAUAGGAAUGGAUGGCGUCCCUCGCAACCACUUCAUGCGCGCCAUGAACAAAACGUACACGUUUCUCAUGAGCGAGCUCAACUCGUUCGACCUGAGCAUGCACACUCAGGUCGGCAUCAACACGUUCCCCAACUUUGUGGCGCUCUUGACAGGAAGCUACGAGGACGAGGUCAGAAAAUGGUGGCACGUGUCCGGAUAUUUGGACACCUAUGACUUGGUGUGGAAAGACUUCGAGGCUGCCGGGUACAGAACUCUGUACACAGAGGACCAGCCCACUCUUGGGGCUUUUCAUUUAGGACGAAGGGGGUUUAAGUUCUCGCCAACGCAUUAUUACAGCCGGCCCAUCUGCCUGGCCAUGGAGAGCGACAGAAGCUUCUGGAAGGCUGGUCGCCACUGUUUGGGCAACCAGCCGGAGAUCACCUUUCACUACGAUUACAUCAAACAGUUUCUAGAAACGUUCAAGGACAAGCCGCUGUACGCGAUGCAGUUUCAGACGAGGAUAUCCCACGAUGACGUCACAACCACCAAGAUGGCCGACGAACACACGUACGAAUUCUAUAAAUAUCUUAAAAGCAGCGGGCAACUAAAUAAAACCUUGCUGAUAUCGUUCUCUGAUCAUGGUAUCAGAUACGGACCACUUCGACCCACCAUCAACGGCUUAAUCGAAAGCAGGGCACCGUAUGCUAUUUUCACGUUCCCCAAGUGGUUUUUGGACAAGUACCCGGAUGUUGCGAAUAAUUUAAAGACGAACACCGGGCGACUCACGACGCACUUCGACACGCACGCGACUUUACGGGAUCUCAUCUACUUCAAGGCUGACCGCGUGAGUCCGCUCGUUCCAGGAAGUCACGGGUCAUCUCUGUUCCGCGAGUUGCCGAAGUCGAGAGUGUGCCAAGACAUCCCCAUCCCCAUGGAGUUUUGUAUAUGUGGCCAGAGUCAAAUAGUAGAAGUGUCCAACGCGUCAGCCUUAAGCCAAGGCCUGGUCGAUCUUGUCCUUAAGUCGGUUAACUCUAAAACCAAUCACACGAAAUGCGCCACGCUACAAUUGACAGGGGUUGUUCAGGUGGCGCUCUUUAAGCUGACGAGAGUGAGCGACAAAGACCAAAGGGUAUAUAAAGUUAAAUUCGUCACGUCGCCGGGGGGCGCCCUGUACGAAGGAACGGUAACUACGAAUAAAUGUGAGGAUUCAGAUCUGCUGCACUAUUUUGAAGAGCUGAAAUCUGGCAAAAACAACAACACUCUGUCGGUGACCGUUGGUCAAACGAUUGACAGAUUAAAUUUCUACAAGGGCCAGGCGGAUUGCGAAGAGGAUGUCACAGUGAAAGCUUACUGCUACUGUCAGAAUCUGGUCAACAAAACAGCAAAAUCCUGAGAGAACUGUUUUCCCGAAAUAGUUUGACUUUGAUCAUGGUUUAAACACUGGCAUUUCAUUUUUACCUAAACGCUUGCCUCGUGUUGCGAUCUGCAUUAAACAUUGGAUACAGACAAAAUGGCAGAUGAGUUCAGUUGGUCAUAAUUAAUUGUGGUGCUGAUAAUUCGAACGUCUCAAGUAUUACUUCUACAUUGGUAACACUAGUGAAACCUUGAAAUAGCGCACACUCUUUGGGGCCCAAGCAAAAUGUGAUGCCAGGAUGUGUUGGCGCAUAUUACAGGGGUAAUGCUACUUAAAGGUUUCACUGUAUUAUACAUUAAAAGUUCCAUGCCAUGACAAAGUCUUUCAACAACAACAACAAAAAAGAUAAUUAGCGUGACCUUAUUCCUUGACUUGAUUUGACUUCUUCCACUUGUUGACUUUGAAAUAUUUGUAACUGAAAUUUUAUAACACUUUUGCAAUAUAACAAUGUGCUUUUACUUAACUGUAUGUUUUUGUUUUUGUUUUUUUUGUUGUUGAAAAACCUGAAUGCGAUGUUACAAUAUAAAUUGUUACAAAAAUUGUUGGUGUUUACUCCGUACCAUGUACUUUCUCAGAUCUACUUCUGGAGACUGUGGUGAGCCCACUGACCAAGUUCACAGAAAGAAUACGACGUACAAAUUAAAUUGAAUCUUUUUCGGCCUAUUCAAGUUCUCUCAUUUUGAAUAAUUCCUUGUGACGUCAUG